AUGGACGAAGAACAACAUAUUGAUGAUGAAUAUCAGAAUGAAUCGGCUAAUAAUGAGCCAUUUUUGCGACGAAUGCAAGACAUCUAUUCAAAAUUUCAAGACGAUAGCGGCAAUAUUAGUGUUCAGAAUCUGUUAAAAAUUCUUCAAGCGCUUGGCUAUAAUCCAUCUUCAACGGACUGUCAGCAACGAAUUGAAGAUUUUUCAGUUGAAGGAAGAAAUGUUCUGUCAUUCGAAGAUGUUUUAAUGGUAUGUCAGGAACCAUGGACAAAUGUUAAUAAUCGUGAUGCACUUCUAGCAGCACUUAAAACGUUUGAUAGCGAAGGAAAUGGUUAUAUUGAUGCAGAUAAAUUUCGCAAGUUAAUGACCACCUUAGGUGAACCAUUGUCAGAUAAUGAAAUUGAUGAUUUAAUUAACUUAUCGAAUAAUGAUGGAAAAAUUAGUUUUGAAGAACUUACCGAUACGUUAUUUGGCGAUGUAUUUGCCGAUGAUUCAGAUUAUAACAAUGAAUUUUAUACUGGAGACAAUGUUAAUGGAAAUGAAUCAAUUGAUGAUGAGAAUAAAGAAAAUAUUUGA